AUUUUUAACCAUCUUAAGUAUACAUAGCAUUUCCUAUAAAGUCUUCUUCUGCACAUCAAUCGGAGGCAUUGUCUUUUAUAAAUCGUAUUCUAAAAGUUUCCAAUAUGAAGGCCGCUUUACUUUUACUAGUUUUUAUCUGUUUUUUAAAUAGGAUCUAUACCAGACCAAAUAUUUUUAAAUUCAAAGACGCCAAACGAAUCCAUGCCGCAUGUCAAGCAAACUUCGAAACACAUGUCAACGAAUACCUUGAAAAGCUUCAAGAAUUUGACAAGAUUGAAGUUCCCAAUAUGGCGAAGCAUACACUCUGUAUGAACAUUAAUGCCGGACUACAAUACGAAAACGGUGAUAUUGCAGUUGAGAGAUUAAGAAGCGACUUGGAAGAGGUUUCAAUCAACGAAAAUAAAAUCAACGAAGUUGUUGAUACUUGUGGUGUUCGAGCCCCAGGAAGCCCUGAAGAUGCAGCUAUGGCUUUUGGCAAAUGUCUAUGCAGUCAAUGGCCUCAACAUGCAAUAUGUGUUUGCAGCACAUAGGGGCAGCGAAAAACAUUUUUUAUAUAAAUAUAUAUCAAUAAAUGAAUGGGACCUUUA